UGUACAUGAUGGCAAACAACUUCUCAACCUUUCCAAGUUUCUCCGCAUCCUCUUACACAGAGGCCAAAGAAGCAGUUCACUUGGGUCCAGAGCUCAAUGGCACCUGCAUGCUCGAUGACAGUGCUUUGAGGAUCCCCCUGGCCACCUUCUAUUCCAUCUUCUUUGUGUUUGGCUUGGCUGGAAACCUGCUGGUCCUCUGGGUUUUCCUCACUGUUAACUCUAAGAAAAACUCGGUGCAUGUAUUUCUCAUCAACACUGCCAUUGCAGACCUCCUCCUCGCCAUCUGCCUGCCCUUCCGUGUGUUCUACCACAGUAAUCACAACCACUGGACUCUGGGCUUUAUCAUGUGCAAGGUGGUGGGCAAUGUCUUCUACAUGAACAUGUACAUUAGCAUCACCCUGUUAGGUCUGAUCAGUGUGGACCGCUACAUCAAGAUUCUACACAGCACCCAGAGGUGCAGCCUUCCAAAGAGGUGUAGUGUUGUGUUGUGUUACAUUAUCUGGGCCAUCUCCAUUGCUGCCAUCAUCCCCAUGAUUUCCUUCUCUGAAGAUAGGGAGGAGCAAUACAAAUGCUUCCAGUACAAGAGGAGGCAGAAAGCCAAGUGGAAGGCUCACUUUAACAGUAUUUUGGUAGCACUUUUCUGGCUAGUGUUCCUUGCUCUCAUUGUGUCUUAUAGGAAGAUUGCUAUGAAGCUCUUGGCAACAUCAAAACAAAAACCAGGUCUUCCAAAUUCCCUGAAAUACACCAGGACAGCCAAGAAGUCCUUCUUCAUUCUUUUCCUCUUCACCAUCUGCUUUGUGCCCUACCAUGCCUUCCGCAUCGUCUACAUCCACUCUCAGAUCAGCAAGAUGUCUUGCUACUGGAUGGGCAUCAUUGACAAGGCCAACGAGGUGAUGUUGCUCCUGUCAACCUUCAACAGCUGCCUUGACCCAGUCAUGUACUUUUUGCUAUGUGGGUCUGUCCGUAAGACUGUACUACGGAUAUUCAACAGCUUCAUCUGCUCACAAGACAACAAUGCAAAGAACUUAAAUGCAAAGUAUCAAACUACAUCUCUGUGCAAUGAACACAGUAGCAAUCAAACCACUAAUAACAGCAGCUCCCAACUCAAGAGCCUGCAGAGCAAGACCAUGCUCAGCAGCCACAUAUGAGCAACGAGGAGCAGGCUGGCAGGACAAGUAGUCAACACACCGAGCAAAAACCACAAUUCUCAACAUAGAUACCUGUUUGAAAGAUAUAUUUGCAGGUAAAAGGAAAACGCGACACAGGAACCCACAGUGGUUAACUGUUGUACAUGUGCAUUCAGUGAGAAAUGACUGCGCUCGUCGACCAACUUUGGAUGUCUAGAACUGGGAACAACAGAUUAAGCGUUUUUUUUUUCCUCUCAUCAUUGAUGUUGGCUUAUCAUUGUGAUAACUAACUGUAGUAUCUAUAUUCAAACAUACAGUAACAAUCACUCUAGAUUAAUCAAGAGACACGAACAGUAUGCAAACCAAAGGCACUUAAUGUACACAGAGAAAUUUUUGUAUUUAAGGAACUUGAAAGUGACAGGUAAAACUAAUUUUCUAUGAAAGAAUAUAGCAAAAUAUGCAAAUUCGGGCUAAGAAUUACUGUUUUCAGUCACUUUUGUACAGAAUAAGUUCAUCAAAACUGCAUGCAAAAUCAAAAUAUCAAGGAAACUCUGCAGUAAGUCACACACCUGUAUUAUGCCACCUCAUUUAACAAACUAUUAUUUUACACUAGAAUUUCAGACUGUUUCAGUAUUUAGUGCUCAUUGUCAUUUAGGAAAUCACUGUGUACUGUGGCCCUUUGGGACAACAGAAUGUAACUUCCAGCUCCAAAAUAACUGAAUGUAAAUGUCUUGUAAAUGAUAUUUCCAGUGCCUAAGCGGGUGCUAAAAUGCCGAAAAUGUACGUGCAAGAAUUGUGAUAUGCUGUUGCCAAGGUACGUGAUCGAUACCAAACAUAAAAGUCACAUACUGUACGUUUUAAGAAUUUAAUUUCUGUAAUCUUGAUUGUUUGUAAAACAUUAAAUUUUACUCCGCUGAAUGACAGACUGAACUUUUG